CUCAGCUUCUUACUUUUGUUGGCUCGUCUCUCUCAGCUUCCCUCCGAGAGACAGGAGCAUUCGCAUAUAUUUUAUCCAUAAUGUCAGGGUCGCAUUCCAGAUCACAGUCGAGACAAAGUCUUGAAGUGCCCCGAAAAAGUAUUGAAUUGGUCGACCCUGGUGCACACGAGCUAUCCUCCGAGGGCGAAGAAGACCACUUUUCAGACGCCUCCGAAGGGCAGAAAAGAUCCAGACCAGUUACUCCUGUCUCUCCCAUCCCGAAAACACGAAUUGAGAAAGUCGAUGACGAGCCAAGUUACGGCGAGGUUCCUGGAACCCCUGCUUAUGAUAAACGAGCACAAGAUGCGGUACCCGACGAAGUAGCAAUCCUCUCGCCGAAUAACAUUCAACGUGCGUCCCUUGAAGCGCCGACAACCCCUGGAGGCACCCUGAUACCUCGAAUGGUGAUCGAGAAAGUCGACCCUGAGUCUCCCAGCUAUGGCGAGGUCCCAGGGACUCCUGCAUACCAACAGAGACAAAUGGAUGCGGCGCCCGAUGUCAUUCUGAAGACACCUGAUCCUACGAAGAGAAGGCAAUACGCAGAAGACACAGAUCAGGAAGGUUCUCCUCCCCAAGUUUCAGUGCCUGAAACUGUCAUCACGCGGGUUGAUUCAGAGCCUGCACAUGGAGAGGUACCAGGGACAGCGGCCUACGAGAAACGAACUCUGGACGCUGCGCCGGACAUUGUGGAAAAGAAAAGUGACGAAGCAGGGUCGCCGACAUUCGACAGCCCCAUGAAACAGUCCGGGCGCAGAUCAACCCUCGGAAACGACGACGACGACAGGAAUGACUUUGGUGACGACUUUGAUGACUUUGAAGAAGGCGCACAGGCUGGCGCUGAUGAUGACUUUGGGGACUUCGAUGAUGAGUUUCAGGUACCUGAAGUUGAAGCUGAAGAUGCCACCGCAUCGCCUGUAACUACCUCACAAAUCAAUCAAAUACCUGCUCAACCUUUUCCCCUUUUAGACUUCGACAAGCACUCUUCCGUCCCCGAACUUCUCGCCGCCACAAAAGCACAUUUAGACGCCAUGUUCCCCUCGUCUACAGAUGAGAGACUAUCAUCUAUGCCCUCGCAAGAACCUGUUCCAGAUUCCUCCCCGAUCUUCCCUUCCGACAGGUCACGCUCACUCUGGAAACAGUUGAUAACACCUCCGCCUCUCCAACCCCCCAAUUGGACCCAGUCACGGAUACGGCGCCUGUUUCUUGUCAGCCUUGGUGUCCCAGUCGACCUAGACGAGAUACUUCCUCCGUCGAAGCAGAAGAAGCUCGUUCUUCCUGAUAUCAAUCUGGAGCCUUCGUCUCGAAACUCAGAAUCUGACAAAACACUGGGCUCGGUAGCACGAUUAAAAGCACAACUUGCGAAUGACUCAACGGGUUCGGUCGACAGCACGCAGUCGGGCACUACUAAAGAGCGUCGAUCCAAACGACCGAAAGGGCCACCACCUGCCCCGGAAUUGGACUUGAUGGCCGUGAAGCGUCUCUGUGCGACGACGGAUGAAAAGUUAGACGGAUUUACGGAAGAAGAGCUUAGGAAACACGUUAAGGAGCUGCAAGACUUCACUGAGAAGACCUCAGAGCUGUUGGAGUACUGGCUCAAACAGCGGGAUGGGCUGCGGAAAGAGAAGGAGGCUUUCGAGGGUGUUAUAGAAAAUCUCGUCAGGCAUGCGAGGAGGGUAAGGAAAUAAGUCUUUUGGGGACUGAAAAGCAAACGCCCACGAAAUCCUUCCACUUUCACUCUUUGGACCUGAGGUCCGCCAUGCUGAAAGCCCCUUUCCAUUCUCCUCCCCAUGAGUGCUUCGUCAAGCC